GCGCGUGCGGCCUGCCGUGGUGGCCGCGGGGGGCGCGGCCCGGCGCGGGGGGCGGCCGGACUACGGCGACCUCGCCCGGCGCCAGUUCAACAAGUACCUGGAGAACGCCUACGUGCACGGGCUCAAGUACAUCGGCAGGAGGGACCUGCCGACGCACGUGCGCGUGCUGUGGGGGUUCCUCUUCCUGCUGUGCGUGCUGGGGCUGCUGACCAUGACGCACCUCCUGACCACCAGCGACAGGGAGAUCACCCUCACGGUCGUGGCCGACACGCGCGUCGACGUGCGCGACUACCCCUUCCCGUCCAUCACCGUCUGCCCCGUCGCCAACGUCGAGAAGAGCAUGGCGCUGGCCACCCUGCGACUGUAUCAUGAAGCGGCCCGCCGAAGCCGGUUCCCGACGGACAAUAACGACACGGCGGAAGCCGAGGCGGACCAGGAGGAGCUGGACCGGAACCACGUCCGGCUGCUGAGGGCGCUGCAGGAGUUCCGCUUCCCGCUCUACUCGUCCCGCUGGGACGACGCGAAGGUCGUCGAGGGCCUCGCCUUCCUCGGCACGCAGGACCCUCGCAACGUGCUACUCACGGCGUUCCCGCCCUGCCAGCGCUUCUUCCUCGGCUGCUCGUGGAAGAGCAACUUCUCCGACUGCUGCGACCUUUUCGAGCUGCAGGAGACCAACGCCGGCUUCUGCUACUCGUUCAACUCGUGCACGUCCAUGUCGUCCAAGGCGGCGCGCUGCAGGCCGCGCAUGGGCGAGCCCGACGACAGCCAGGCGCUCUACUUCAGCACGGUCAAGGCGGCGCCCGGCGAGGUGCUGUCGCCCGACCCGCACUCCAAGGGGAUCGUGGUGGUGGUGGCCAACCCCUACGAGUUCCCCGUGCCCUCCGACGGCCACUACUUCCCCGAGGACAACAACCUAACCAUGAGAAUAUCCGCGUCGGUGACGGUGCAGCAGGCCGACGAGAGCCUCCGCGGGUGGCCGUGGACCGCCAGGGAGUGCAAGUUCCGCGACGAGGGCCCGCUGGACAUCGCCGUGCAGUACAGCCAGGUGAGCUGCGUCGAGUCGUGCCGCCUGGGCCUGCUGGCUGAGCGCUGCCAUUGCCUGCCUUUCCACUACGGCGUGUCGCCUGCCUCGCCCUUGGCUGAGCUCCCCUUUUGCAACGCGUCUGGAUUGCAGUGCGUGUACGAGCACAAGGGUAUCCUCCGGAAUCUCUACAGUACAGGCCAGUUCCGGAUACCCAUCGUCGGCGAGAAACAGUUGGGCCAAGGGGAAAGGGCCAGCUGCGAAUGCCCCCCCGAAUGCGACCUGCUCCUGUACAACUCUGACUACAGCACUUUAGGAGAAGCUGGGCCGGGGCCAAAGGACCAAUCAGCAGUAUUCUUCGUGCGUCAGAGAAAUUUAGGAGCAGAAAAUAUACUUUACUUGAAAAGCAGUAGAGUUUCCUUCCUCGGGUUCCUUGCUAAUCUUGGGAACCUCGCUUCUUUAUUCCUUGGAGUCAGCUUUUUAUCAGUCCUGGAGUUCGUUUGGGUGUCAGUGUCUUGUCUAAGGACAUUGUCCAUGAAAUGGUUGUCAUUCUAGAUUACUGAGGACUAAGUUACCACUGUUUCAAUUACUAUUAGCUGUAUUUUCACAAAACAAAACAAUGAGUAACAAAGUUUACAAGAGUCAAUAGAUAAGGAUUUUUUCCUA